UUGCUGCGGUCGCUGCCCAGGGUCAGUCUGGCCAACCUAAGGCCCAGCCCAGGCUCCAAAAAGCGGGAGAAAAGACGUGGCCGUGGAAGAUAUGGAGGCAGGAAGUGUGGUCGAGGUCACAAAGGAGAAAGACAAAGAGGAAAUCGCCCCCGAUUGGGCUUUGAGGGUGGUCAAACUCCGUUUUAUUUGGUCAUACCAAAAUAUGGGUUUAAUGAGGGACAUAGCGUCAGACGUCAGUAUCAACCACUCAGUCUUAAGAGGCUGCAGUACCUGAUUGAUUUGGGUAGAGUUGACCCCACACAACCAAUCGACUUGACGCAGCUCACUAAUGCCAGAGGUGUAACAGUGCAACCUCUCAAAAGGGAUUACGGUGUCCAGCUGGUGGAGGAGGGCGCUGAUAUCUUUUCAGCAAAAGUAAAUAUUGAAGUGCAGAGGGCAUCUGAAUUAGCAAUUGCAGCCGUAGAAAAAAAUGGAGGUGUUGUUACAACAUCUUUCUACGAUCCAAGGAGUUUGGAAAUUUUAUGUAAGCCAGUAGUGUUUUUUCUCCGUGGCCAGCCUAUUCCAAAGCGAAUGCUUCCACCCGAAGAUCUAGUCCGUUACUACACGGAUGCCAGGAGUCGUGGGUACCUGGCAGAUCCAUCUAAGGUUGCAGAAGCCAGGCUUGAACUUGCCAAGAAAUACGGUUAUAUCUUACCAGACAUAACUAAGGACGAACUCUUCAAAAUGUUAAGCGCACGCAAGGAUCCUAGACAGAUAUUUUUUGGUCUCGCUCCAGGAUGGAUUGUAAACAUGGCAGACAAGAAAGUUCUAAAACCAACUGAUGAGAAGCUGUUAAAAUACUACAGCUCAUGAAUGCCGGACUGGAGACUACUGCAGGUGUACAGGAAACAUCUGGGUAUGAAAUAAUGGAUAUGAAGUGGUGUUUGUUUUUUUUAAGACUCUUGUUAUACUAGACAAAACAUAAAUUUUUGUUUAUGUAAUCUUCUGGUGAAGCUCUCAACUUUUUUUGUUGUCAUAAUACAGUGUAUGAAAAGUCUUAACAUUUGGAAACAGUGUAGAGUCUGACAUAAAGUCUGUGUUCGGGCA